AUGGCAAUUAAUCAAUGCGUUCGGUUAUUAGAAUUAUUUAAGGUUAUGGAGGAAAAAUUAAAUCUUUUAUCAGAUUUAUCAAAUGAUAUGGGACGACUCUUUUCUAGCGGAGAUCGUUAUGAUGUGAUUAUUAAAGCCGGAGAAGGUCCAAAUAUGAAAGAGUUCUAUACACAUGCCUUAAUUUUAGGAGAACGUUUUUCAGAUAAAAAUAUUGAUUCAGGACGCAUUAUGAAGAUAACCACUAAUAGUAAAGAACAAAAUUACGCUGUAAGUUAUGAUAAAAACAGUGGACCGGCUUUUGGUCGUGGAUGGGAUUUGAAGAUCACAAAUAAUAAACUAAUUAGACAUAGUACUUGUAAAACAUAUCCCAAUAUAAGUUUGGCGUUAUAUCAUAAAGAUAAUAUUCUAGAGGAUUAUGAAGUGUUUCAGGUGGAAAACAAAUAUUGA